UAAAUAUAUAUACAACAGCAGCAGCAACGACAAUAACAACAAGAACAACAACAACAAAGACGAAGCCAGUUGCAUUUGACAACAAACACCUAGCUGGCAACAUCUUCUUGGAAGCAAACGCUCUGUGAGAGCAACAACAAUAGCAACAGCAACAGCAGCAGCAGCAGCAGCAACAAUGACAGCGACGCCGACGUCGACGUCGGCUGCGGCGAGAAAGCAACCUGCAAAUAGCGCGUUGCUCCGCGAAGCUUUUACGGUUAAGCGGCUUUUAGCGACCUUUGUCAUAUGCACACUGCUCAACACGAGUCAGGCUUUGGAGCUGGGCGACAAGUGCCAGCAUGACAUGGACUGCACAGAUUUCAUCAAGGGCAGCAGCUGCUCAGCGCUGGGCUACUGCGAGUGCGCGCCCUACUUUGUCCAACUGGACUCCAAGCGCUGUCUGUCAUCUCAACUGCUGGGCGGCGACUGCCAGGUGAGCGAACAGUGCUCAAUGAAGGUGGCAAACAGCAGCUGCUUGGACGGUGCCUGCCGUUGCGUCGAGGGAUUCUUGCAGUUCCGCAAGCACACAUGUCUGGGACCCGCUCACCCUGGCGCCGUUUGCUAUAGCCAUGCCCAUUGCCAAAUGUUCGAUGCGCGCACCCACUGCGAUUUCCUCAUACCCAAUCUGUUUGGACGCUGCCAGUGCACGGCGCCGACGCGCAUGGUGGGUGGACUUUGUGUGGCACCAGCGGUCGAUGAGACGGCAGCAGAGGAGCAGCCCGUUGAGAAGGCUUCCACGACGACGACAACAACAACAACGACAACGACAACAACACCUGCGCCGACAACGAGAGCAACAACAACGACGACGACAACAAGAACAACAACUCCAGCGCCCACAACAGCGAGAACAACAUCAGCGCCCAUCCUGCUGGAGGAUGAGCUGCCCGCCAGCGUGGAGGAGCAGGCAUUGGAAGAGGAUGAUAUGGAUGCUAUAAAGCUGCGACCCCAAGUCAUCGACGUGGACAAUGGCGAGAAAUUCGAUCCUGUGGAUCACGCGCAUGAGGAAACCGAAUUGACUCAACAGCAGGAGCUGCAGGAGAGCCAAGCGAAGCCCGAGGAGCAGCAGAAGGAAACUGAGCUGGAGAGUGAGCAUAUUCCGGCAAUACUGGAGCCAGAGCAGCCUGAAACAGUUGAGCAAGCGGUAGCCUCCGAGCAGGAGGAGCAGCGCCCCGUCGAGGAACAGCAGCCAACCACUGGAGCUCAGCAGCUAUUGACGCCAGCCGAUGUGACCACCGAGGCCAUGGAAGUUAUGGAUCACGAGACUGAAGCAGUGCCCGCCUACGACUAUCCGUACAAGAUUGAUGAGGAAUACGCUGAGGAGCAUGAGAUCAAGCCCGAGGAAGAGCCAGAGACGGAGCCAGAGGCGGAGGUGGACGCAAAACCAGAGUCAGAGCCAGUGCCAGAGCCACAGCCACAGCCCGACUCAGAGCCACAGCCAGAGACCGUGCCAGAGGUGCAAAUUGAGGAGGAGGCGGCACCAGCACCUGCAAUGGUCAAUGAGCCAAUUGUUGAGGAGGACGAGCCGGAGGAGGCAUCGGGCGCACAAGAAAUUGCGCCAGCCGCAGCCGACGAUACCAUGAAAUUUGAUUAUGAAACCGAAGAGCAACAGCAGCAACAACAACAACACAACAGCAACAUGAUGAGCUGGAAUCAGCGCUAGGUGCCGUGCCCAUUGAGAAGGAGGAGGAGAUCAACAGCGAGACUGAUGUGGAGGCAGCCACAGAGAACAAUCAGCAGCUGCAGCUGGAGGA